CCGCGCCGGCUGCCGUAGGCCGGGAGGCGCCGCCCGCUGUAGCGCCAUGGAGCCGCCGCUUCCCCCGCUGAGCGGCGCCGCCGCCGUCCUGCUGCUCCUCCCCCUCCUGCUCGUCCCCGUGGCGCUCCUGGCGAGGAGGCGGCGCGGGCGGCGGGCGCCUCCCCUCAGCUUGCUGGUGGUGGCCGGCUCCGGAGGGCACACAACAGAAAUCCUGAGGUUACUUAGUUGUUUGUCAGAGUCAUACUCGCCUAGACAUUACAUUUUUGCAGACUCAGAUAAGAUGAGUGAAGCUAAAAUACGUUCUUUUGAACAAAAAAGGGCUGAAAGGUUCUCCAAUUCCCAGUUCACCCUUGAUCGCAUUCCCAGAAGCCGCGAGGUUAGACAAUCUUGGAUCUCUUCCGUGGUAACAACCCUGUACUCCAUACUUUAUUCCUUUCCUUUGACCUACAAACUGAAACCAGAUUUGGAACUUCUGCUCUCACCAACUGGGAACGAGCACAAAUGCACAAGGACUGCAAGGACAGCGCUCUCACGUCACUUCUGCCACUUCAGUGCUGUACUUUGUUAAAGCCUGGCAGACUACUAUUCGGUCACACAUUUCAAAAACAUUGAAGCUUUAAAAAGUCACCAUUUUCCUUUGCUUUACAAUGUAUUAUGCAAAUUAGAAACAUAAAAUAGCCAAUGUUAGAUAAAAAUGUAAGGUAUUAUAUCAAGGAUAAGCAAUAAUGUUUUCUUCAUGAAUAUUUUCUACAAUUGAAUGCAGUACUGCUCUCAGGGCAGAGCAGUAAAGUAUUUGCUGUUAGUCUGGACAUAGGUAAAGUCUUUCCUUUCAGUCAAAGAAAGGGACAUCACCAGCAGCGAUGUAAGCAAGAGCUUUGAUCAUUGGAGUAUGUAUUAGAUGUUUAUCAGCACUAGGAAUAGAACAUACACCAGUUAAUCUGCAUCUAGUUUCCUGAAAUGAAUCUGAAUUUCAGGAAAGUAAUUACAAGCUGGCUGUUGAAUGUCGUGUUUAAGAUAUCCAUUCCCUAGGACAUUACUUUUUAAUUAUAGUUUCAGCAAGCUCAGUCUUCCAUUCACUUAAUAAAGCUGUGUGAAAGAAGGACAGCUUACACGGGAUGAACAAAGAUCGUUUCAGCGGAGCUUAUUUGUCAGAGCAUUGCACUGGGGAGUGUCUCUUGUGGGACAGAACAAGUUCUACAGCAGAAAGCAAGACCUUUCAAUAAAACCUAUUUUUAAACAAGACUGAGUUAUAUUUUUGUUUUAGACCUGACAGUUAAAAGUUAGAAGACCACUAGGACUGGUCACAGUGUCAGAGCACGAGCGAGUACCACAUAAAGUCUUUGAAGAAGCUCCUUGGCUCAUUCUGUUCUUUGAUACUCCUGUCGUUGGCCCCCGCCAAGGCUGCGUGCACAUUGCCCCAAUAAAUGAUAGAU